AUGCGUUUCUUCUUCGCUCUUUUCUUCAUCGGCGUAGCUCUAUGUGUGCUCCAAGAUGUGGAGGCUACGUACAGGAAGCCUCCAUUAAACGGAUCUAUUUUUGGAAAAAGAGGCAUUGCUGAGUAUGACACCACAGGGCGAGCUUUGUCGGCGUUGUGCGAGAUUGCUACUGAAACAUGUCAGGCGUGGUACCAGGCUUUGGAAAACAAAUAA